AUCCACCAAUCACGAACGUUUGUGUCCGGGCGAACACGACAGAGAAGCAACUCUUACGAAAAUCAACAGUAAAGUCCGGGAAAUGUUUCUCCAUUAAACUGUUUACCUCUAGCAUCUGGGUAGAUGAAACAUCAGAUGUUAAGACUACAACGCUUUGCAUCUUCUGGAUUUGAUCAUUUCAGGCUGCGUGGAUUUCAUUCAACACAGCCUAAAUGACCACAAACGGUUAACGGAUGGAUUAUAAAAUGGAUGGAUAUCUAGAUCAGCAAGUGCCUUAUACUUUAGCUAAUAGGUCACAAGGAAAUGGACCCCUAAAUAGACUGUUGAUGGCAGCAAAAAGGAAAUACAUGGACACCGAAUUACCCCCUCAGGAAUCUGAAGAUCUCUUUCAGGAUUUAAGUCAGCUUCAGGAGACAUGGCUCACAGAAGCUCAAGUUCCUGAUAAUGAUGAGCAGUUUGUACCUGACUUCCAUUCAGAAAACUCAGUGGCAUUCCACAGCCCGCCGGUAAAGAUUAAGAAGGAGCCUCGGAGCCCUGGCUCAGACCCCAGCCAGUCAUGCAGUCACAAGCAGAGCUUCAGCUACCCAGCCGGAGAGCAGUGCCUUUACGCCAGUGCCUAUGAACAGAAGAGAGCAGCAGCAGCGGGACACCCGAGCUCCUGCCCCGGGACCCCCAUGUCCCCCAUGCCGCACUACUCCCCGAAGCCACCGGUGGGCGCUCGACCUGACACAGGGUACAUGAACCCUCCCUCUGCCAGUCAGUCGCACCCCAGUCACAGUUUCCCCAUGAACCACAGCUCAAGGUUCCCGGCGGCCUCCGUCGACAUGUGUCCCCCGUUUGGGCCCCAAGGCCCUGCCUUGCAGCGCAUGCUCGCCGGCCCGCCCGGGGGAGGAGGUGCCGGGGGAGGUGGUGCGUACCACCGGCAGCACUCUGACCCCUGCAUGCCAUACCUGCAGCAGAGCUUCAAGCAGGAGUUCCUGGACCCCCUGUAUGACAGGGCGGCCCAUGCGGCUGGACCGUCCCCUCAGAGGUUUCCCCCGGCCCACAUGAUGGUCAAGCAGGAGCCCACAGACUACACCUACGAGCCUGAUGUGCCUGGUUGCACCUCCAUGUACCAGCACAGCGAGAGCUACCCCAAUCCCCAGCACAGCAAUGAAGGCUACAUGUUUGAAAAUGACUCCCGUGUUGUCCCUGAGAAAUUUGAAGGUGAAGUAAAGCAGGAGGGGGGCGGUGUGUUCCGCGAGGGUGCCCCCUAUCAGCGGCGUGGCUCAUUGCAACUCUGGCAGUUUCUGGUUGCUCUCCUGGAUGAUCCUGGCAAUGCGCACUUCAUUGCCUGGACUGGCCGUGGAAUGGAGUUCAAACUCAUUGAGCCUGAAGAGGUAGCAAGGCUGUGGGGGAUGCAGAAGAACCGACCAGCCAUGAACUACGACAAACUGAGUCGCUCCCUGCGCUACUACUACGAGAAAGGGAUUAUGCAAAAGGUGGCAGGCGAGCGCUACGUUUACAAAUUUGUGUGCGAGCCGGAGGCGUUGAUCUCACUGGCCUUUCCGGACAAUCAGCGGCCUAGCCUGAAGGCAGAGUUCGAGCGCUACGUCAACGAGGAGGACACGGUGCCGCUGUCUCACUUGGAUGAAGGCGUGUCAUGCCCCUCUGACACAGCUGCCACCAACCUGGGCCCUCAGCCCUACUCCAAAGGCUACAUGUACUAACACCACCAUGAGCCCUGCGAUCCCCACACCCUUCUUCCAAUGCACCUAUUGCACAUGCCCACCCUGUUCACUUGUAUAUAGGGCUAUGGUGUUUUUUGUCUCUUUUUUUGGUUUGUUUAAAUUAAUAUCACUAGGGACUCUGCAUUCCUCUCAGUUCUGAGGCCUGGCCAAUGCAAACACGUGCCUGUGUUUCAAGAAAUUGCUUAAUAAAGACCCAGUACUAUUAACACACCACCUCGACAACGGACUGUUUUCCCACUUUGGCAUUGAAUGUUAGAUACUGGUGUUGAGGAUACAACGUUGUGAAGAUUAUCUAUACAUUAGUUAUGCAACGUACUAGGUAAGCUGGCAAUCAAUGGGUGACAAAGGGCUUUUUUCAUGAACAAACACUUUUAGCAUAUGAAUAUGUAAACAAGCCAAAUCCAAGUCCUCCACCAUAUUAAUUCACAGGUAGCUGCACCUACUCAACAUGUGACCAGCAUAAACAUUCUUCACCAAAUAUUCUUCGCAUAUUUCCCAGUGUUCUUGAACUCCUGUUUAAGACACCUCAAUACAGAAUUGCCUUCUAUGAUGUAAAUAUCACUCACAUGGCUACUCAUUCAGCAACCAGUCAUGUGACCUUUGACUUGCAGCUUGAAUAUUAUGCUGGACCUGUAGUCUGAGUGGGGCAUUUCUUAAAGCAGUAACACUAUAAUCCAAAUAACUUGAAUACUAUAAAUAAAUACUACAAUGUUUAUCAGGUAA